AUGCAAAGACCUGUUGAUGAUAUUGAGAUUAAGAAUGCUGCCUUCUCUAUGGGUGCCUUCAAAGCUCCUAAACUUGAUGGUUCGCAAGCACAUUUUUUUCAAUCCCAAUGGGAUGUUGUGGGUGACAAAGUUUAUACCAUGAUCAAAGACAUGUUCCAAAAUUCUUCUGUUAUGUCAAAAGUGAAUUUCGCUAACAUCAUUCUUAUUCCAAAGGUUGAUUAUCCUACUUUCCCUCAAGGAGAUGCGACCUAUAUCUUUAUUUUUAUUGUGGGUAGAUCUAGUUGUGACAACAUCAUAAUUGCUCAGGAGAUUAUUCAGCAAAUGAAAACUAAGCUAGGUAGAAAAGGAUUUGCUACAAUCAAGACACCUUUUGACAAGCCUUUUAUUCUUCUUGUGGAUAACAACCUUGAUUCUAUUAAUCCCAAUGAUGUUGUCAGUCGCUUUGUCCUUCCAUCAGGUGGCUGGAACAUUUAUGAGUGGCUUGGAUCAAAUGGAAUAGCACCCACAAUCCGGGUAACAGGCGUGUUAACAAAUGGCCAUGGCAUAACACCUUUAGUCAUGUUUGUUGGCUGCUUUGGAUACAGAGGUGCAAACAUGUCUUUGAAGGCACAAAUGGUUCCGUUCGAAGCAACAUGCAAGCGGCUUGUGGCGGUGUCAUUAGAAAUGAUAAAGGAGAAUGGGUCCUUCGUUUCAAAAGAAGCUUGGGAACUAAUCCUUGGUAACAAUAAUUCUGCUUCAAGAUGA